AUGAAGUACACAGCAGUUCUCCUAGCUGCGUUGCUAAUAAGACAGCGCACAUCUCUUCGCCUGACUCACCAAUUUACAUCGAGGAAGCCCAGGGCUGGUUUAUGUCGACGUGUCGCGGGGCUGAGGGCAUCUCUACCCCUGACUACAUGGUACUUACCCCUUCUAGAAUCCUCCUCAACCAGAACUAGCUGGGCGCCCCUUGAGCCUCCAUGUAUCCAUGAGACUCUGGACUCUGGACUCUGGAACAUUUAUCUCGCUUUUGGAAUUGGCAAUGAGACAUAUAUCUGUGACGAGAAUUUCUGA